CCGCGCCGCUGAAGGGCACCGGCGGCGGCGAGGCUUCCCCGCGCUCUCCCGCGGCUGGGGUGCGCCCGCCCCGCAGCAUGGAGGCUGGGAAGCGCAGCUCCUCCGCCGGCAGCCGGGACGAUGGCAGCGCUAACUCCUUCCCAGCCAAGCCGGCGGCCUCGGCGGAGAAAGCCCAGAGCAGCCCUGGCAGCGGCGGCGUGAAGGAGCAUGGCAACUCGGUGUGCUUCAAAGUGGACGGCGGCGGGGCCGAGGAGCCCGUGGUGGGCUUCGAGGAUGCCGAGGGACCCCGGCGGCAGUACGGCUUCAUGCAGCGGCAGUUCACCUCCAUGCUGCAGCCGGGGGUCAACAAAUUCUCCCUCCGCAUGUUCGGCAGCCAGAAGGCGGUGGAGAAGGAGCAGGAAAGGGUUAAAACUGCGGGGUUCUGGAUCAUCCACCCCUACAGCGACUUCAGGUUUUACUGGGACUUAAUCAUGCUCAUAAUGAUGGUUGGAAACCUUGUCAUUAUACCAGUCGGAAUCACAUUCUUCACAGAACAAACAACGACACCAUGGAUUAUUUUCAAUGUGGCAUCAGACACUGUUUUUCUAUUGGACUUGAUCAUGAAUUUUAGAACUGGGACUGUAAACGAGGACAGCUCUGAAAUAAUACUGGACCCUAAAAUCAUUAAGAUGAAUUACUUAAAAAGCUGGUUUGUGGUUGACUUCAUCUCAUCAAUACCAGUGGAUUAUAUCUUUCUCAUUGUAGAAAAAGGAAUGGAUUCAGAGGUUUACAAGACAGCAAGAGCCCUUCGUAUUGUGAGAUUUACAAAAAUCCUGAGCCUGUUACGUUUAUUGCGCCUUUCAAGAUUGAUUAGAUACAUACACCAGUGGGAAGAGAUUUUCCACAUGACAUACGAUCUGGCCAGUGCAGUGGUGAGAAUCUUUAAUCUGAUUGGAAUGAUGCUCCUGCUGUGCCACUGGGAUGGCUGUCUACAGUUUUUAGUACCAUUACUCCAGGAUUUCCCACCAGAUUGCUGGGUGUCCCUAAACGGUAUGGUUAACGAUUCCUGGGGAAAGCAGUACUCAUAUGCACUCUUCAAAGCCAUGAGCCAUAUGCUCUGCAUUGGGUAUGGAGCCCGCGCCCCCGUCAGCAUGUCCGACCUGUGGAUAACGAUGCUGAGCAUGAUUGUGGGGGCUACGUGUUAUGCCAUGUUUGUUGGUCAUGCCACUGCCCUCAUCCAGUCUCUGGAUUCAUCGCGACGACAGUAUCAAGAAAAGUACAAACAAGUGGAACAGUACAUGUCAUUCCACAAGUUACCAGCUGAAAUGCGCCAGAAGAUCCAUGAUUAUUAUGAGCAUCGCUACCAAGGCAAGAUCUUUGAUGAAGAAAAUAUUUUGAAUGAGCUCAAUGAUCCUCUCAGGGAGGAGAUUGUCAACUUCAACUGUCGGAAGCUGGUGGCUACAAUGCCUCUUUUUGCUAAUGCAGACCCAAAUUUUGUGACUGCCAUGCUAAGCAAACUGAGAUUUGAGGUGUUCCAACCUGGAGAUUAUAUUAUCCGAGAAGGGGCUGUGGGUAAGAAGAUGUAUUUCAUUCAACAUGGUGUUGCUGGUGUCAUCACCAAGUCCAACAAGGAGCUGAAGCUGACAGAUGGCUCUUACUUUGGAGAGAUCUGCCUUUUGACCAAGGGCCGUCGAACUGCCAGUGUACGAGCAGACACGUACUGUCGCCUGUACUCCCUCUCAGUGGACAACUUCAACGAGGUCCUGGAAGAGUACCCCAUGAUGAGAAGAGCCUUUGAAACGGUGGCAAUUGAUAGACUUGACAGGAUAGGUAAGAAGAACUCGAUCCUGCUGCAGAAGUUCCAGAAGGACCUCAACACCGGCGUUUUCAACAACCAAGAGAACGAGAUCUUGAAGCAGAUCGUGAAGCACGACAGGGAGAUGGUGCAGACCAUCGCCCCGGUGAGCCUGCAGCAGAUGCCAGCCCUCAACUCCAGCACCUCGGCGUCGUCGUCCCGCGGCAGGACGCAGUCCCCUCCCGUGUACACCAGCAGCAGCCUCUCGCACACCAACCUGCACUCGCCCUCGCCCAGCACGCAGCCGCCGCAGCAGGCUGUCAUCCUGUCGCCCUGCUCCUACACCACGGCCGUCUGCAGCCCGCCGGUACAGAGCCCGCUGGCCGGCCGAACUUUCCAGUACGCCUCGCCGACCGCCUCGCAGCUCUCCCUCAUGCAGCAGCAGCAGCAGCAGCAGCAACAGCAGCAGCAGCCGCAGGCGGCGCAGCAGCCGCCGGGAGCCGCGCAGAAGAACGAGGUGCACAAGAGCACCCAGGCCCUCCACAACACCAAUCUGACGCGGGAGGUGCGGCCGCUCUCCGCCUCGCAGCCCUCCCUGCCCCACGAGAUCUCCACCCUGAUCGCCAGGCCUCACCCCACCGUGGGGGAGUCCCUCGCGUCCCUCCCGCAGCCCGCCCCGGGCCCCGGCGUGCCCCCGGCCGGGCGGGCCUCCGUGCCCCAGCGGGUCUCGCUGUUCCGGCAGAUGUCCUCGGGAGCCAUCCCCCCGAACCGCGGGGCCGCGCCGCCCGCGGCGCCGCUGCAAAGGGAUUCUUCCACAGUCUUAAGCACAGAGCCCGAGGGAGACAAACCGCGGUUCGCCUCAAACUUAUGAUCCCUGGUGACUGUGAGCAACAGACUGGCAACAAACCGAGCACCAUCCCCCGAACUGUUUUAGCCUGUUUCCUAACGUGCCCCAGCAGUCUACUAUGAGAAAAAUAAUUUAGACAGCUUUGCCCUAUGUAACGAAUGUAAAGGUUUUAUAUAUAUAUAUAUCUAAAUAUAUAUAUAUAUAAGCAAUUAAAAAGCUUGUUUGAGUUCAUGUCUUCCUUUUUGCAACCAUUACAGAAGAUUAAA